GAAAUCAAGCCAUGGACGAAGAGUACGAUGUGGUAGUGCUCGGAACUGGCCUCAAGGAAUGUAUCCUCAGUGGUCUCCUCUCAGUUGAUGGCCUAAAAGUUCUUCAUAUGGAUAGAAAUGAAUACUAUGGAGGAGAGUCCACUUCACUUAACCUUAACCAACUUUGGAAGCGGUUCAGAGAUGGUGAAGCGACUCCAGAAAAAUUGGGAUCAAGCAAGGAAUAUAAUGUGGACAUGAUCCCGAAGUUCAUAAUGGCCAAUGGUGCUCUGGUUCGAGUUCUUAUCCACACUGAUGUUACUAAGUAUCUCCAUUUCAAAGCUGUGGAUGGUGGUUAUGUGUACAACAAAGGAAAGAUAUACAAGGUACCCGCUACUGAUGUAGAAGCACUGAAGUCUCCACUGAUGGGAUUGUUUGAGAAGCGCCGUGCUAGGAAAUUCUUCAUAUAUGUUCAAGAUUAUGAAGAUGAUGACCCAAAAUCACACGAGGGAUUAGAUCUCACCAAAGUUACAGCUAAGGAACUUAUAUCGAAAUAUGGAUUAGAUGACGACACUAUUGACUUUAUUGGACAUGCAUUAUCUCUCCACAAAGAUGAUAGCUACUUAGACCAGCCUGCAUUAGAUUUUGUGAAGAGGGUUAAGUUAUAUUCAGAGUCUUUAGCUCGAUUCCAAGGAGGCUCUCCUUACAUCUAUCCAAUGUAUGGAUUGGGGGAACUACCUCAGGCAUUUGCUCGUCUAAGUGCUGUUUAUGGUGGCACCUAUAUGCUUAAUAAGCCUGAAUGCAAGGUGGAAUUUGAUGGAGAUGGAAAUGUAACCGGAGUUACAUCAGAGGGUGAAACUGCUAAGUGCAAAAAAGUAGUAUGCGACCCUUCAUAUUUACCAGACAAGGUCACAAAGGUGGGAAGAGUCGCACGGGCUAUUUGUAUAAUGAGUCACCCUAUCCCCAAUACAGAUGAUGCACACUCAGUCCAGGUUAUUUUGCCACAGAAGCAACUUGGGCGUAAAUCAGACAUGUACUUGUUCUGCUGUUCAUACUCCCAUAAUGUAGCUCCAAAAGAUAAAUUUAUUGCUUUUGUAGCAACAGAAGCAGAGACUGAUAAUCCUGAAGAGGAGCUAAAGCCUGGGAUAGAACUCCUUGGACCUGUAGAUGAAAUAUUUUUCGAUACAUAUGAUCGAUAUGAACCCACAAACCAGCAUGUGGUUGGCAAUUGCUUCAUAUCCAAGAGCUAUGAUGCAACAACACACUUCGAGUCCACUGUUGAUGAUGUGAUAGAAUUAUACAGUCAGAUAACUGGAAAGACUCUUGACCUGUCCGUAGAUCUGAGUGCAGCCAGUGCUUCAGCUGAGGAAUGAAUUUGUGUGUUCUCAAUUGGGGAAGGGACACAACAAGA